CUGCCCAUCGCGCCUGCUUCCAACUCCUUCCUCCUUGUUUGCGCAUCCCUCCUUUUCUCGGCGCUUUCCACUCUUCGCCCCCCUUCCCAUCUCCGCCCUCCCUUUCGGCCAUGGCUUACACCGAGCGUCGCCGUGUGCUGAUCGAGCUCUUCAGCUCGAUUGGCGUCACCGAGUCCUCCUCGAGGAUGCACUUCACCGACGACAACAUCUGCAAGAUGUACCUUGUCGGCAUGUGCCCGCAUGAGCUCUUCCACAACACCCACCUCGAUGAGGGUCGCUGCCCGCACAUUCACUCGGACGCCAUGCGCCGGCUGUAUGAGAAGGAGGUCGAGGAGCUGUCGGCGCGCAUGAAGGCCGAGAGUGGCGAUGCUCCCCUGCCUGCUCGCGCUGUCGAUCCCUUUGGCUACCUGUACUCGCUCCUGCAGAACCUCGGUCGGAUCGUCCAGCGCGCGGACCGUGAAAUUAACCGCAUGAAGGCGGAUCUCGACAACAAGAAACGCGCCUGGGAGGACAGCGCCAUCCUGGACAUUCGCCUGGAGUACAACAAAGUCACCGAGAAGCUCACCGAGCUGGAGGCCGAGGCCGAGCGCCUCGGUGGCGAGGGUCUCGUCGAUGAGUCUCUGCAAAUCCUCAACGAGGCCAGUGUGCUGAAGGAGUCCCAGAGCCGUCUGCAGGCGGAGCUCCGCGAGGCGGAGAGCGCCACCGCGGCCAGCCUCGGCGUGGCGUCCAACACGCUGAAGAUGUUCGUGUGCGAUUCGUGCCCGGCCAUGUUGAGCCGUGACGAUUCGGACAAGUGUCUGGAGGAUCACCACUCCGGGCGUCUGCAUGCGGGUCUGGUGGCGGUUCGCGCGCGCCAUGCCGAGCUGGCUGCCAUGGGGCUGCAGCAUCAGCACCAUGGCCCGCCGUCCGGGCACCACGCCCAUCAUCACCACCACCACCACCACCGCGGGGGCUUCGGUGGCGGCGGCCCGGACGGCGGUGACCACCAUCGUCGCGACCGGGACUUCGACCGUGGUCGGGACUUCCGCGGCGGGCGUGGCGAUCACUUCCGCGACCGUGACCGUGAGCGUGAUCGCGAUCGCCAUGGUGGCCGGCCCCGCGACGAUCGGUACCGCGACGACCGGCCCCGGGAUGACCGGUACCGCGAUGAUCGCCGCGACGACCGGUACCGCGGCGACGACCGUCGCGAUGACCGGUACCGCGGCGACGACCGUCGAGAUGACCGCCCCCGCGAGGACCGGUACCGCGACGAGCGCUCUCGCGAUGAGCGCCCCCGCGACGACCGGUACCGUGAUGACCGGUCCCGCCGCUACUGAGCGUGUGGCCUCCCGGCCUGUGCCUGGCGGCCGGCCAUCUUCGCCCUUCGCUGGCCUUUGUUGUUUCCUCCCCUCCUUCUCCUGGGCGUGUGCUCUCCCCUUCCCCCCCCUCUUUUCCCCCCUCUGCAGCGAGGGACUGGACCGUCCGUUUUGUAUAUUUAGCCUUCGGGAGCAUCAUCUUCUCCCUCCCUUCCCUCCCUCUUUCCGGCCCGCGGUCCUUCUCGCUCCCUCCUCCCCUGCCCCUCACAGUGCCUUUAUGUUGCGAGGGGCGUGGGCGCUGCUUCCCUCUCCUCUCCUCUCCUGCCCUUGCCCCCCCCCCCAUGUACCCAAAUACCACACAUUGUGCCCCC